AUGCACAUAAUCCCCUCCGUCCUCCUAAGUCUCCUCGUCUUCACGGAUCUCGGCCAGUUGGCAAAGGGAGCCCGGAAAGUGGUCAAAAACACCUGCCCCGCUCUCUCGGGAUUACCCCUACCCAGCAAAAUACUCCCCAGGAGCUCGAGUGCCAUAGCGGAAUCCUGCUGUCCAGACCAGACCAUCUAUGACGGGAAGAACUGUGUGCCGCUGAUUUGUCCUGCCAGCCAGGCUUGGGAUGGGUUAAAUUGCGUCCCCGACGCUGAUCCGCCGUGCGCGCCGAGACCCGUGUAUAACCCCGCUACGAGGCAGUGCGAGGCGACUCCGGUUUAUGAUUGUCCGAUGGGGCGGUAUUAG